GCGCUUGCUUGGGUGCCUUGAUGUCAUCUCCGGCACGACUAUUCCUGGAACCACGACGACGCGACGACGAUAACGAGGACAGUCGGCCAUAAUGUCAGUAGCAACAGCGACGGUGCUGCCGCGAGAGCCCCGGUUCCCCCACCUGCUUCCCCCAAUGCCUCCUACUCGUCCUAUGCCAUUGCGAAACGCCGGCUACGAGCCCAUGUACGGCCGAAUGAAGGAAUACCGCGACCUGCAACGCGAGCUGGAUGAGCUGAGUGAAGAAGAAAACGAGCUGGAGGAAAUGGAUAAUAACAUCCGUACCCGUGGUUUCAAGACCGUCGUACCCAUCGGACGCGUCAAGACGCAGCAAGAAGAGAAGCAAGAGGCAGAUGAAGCUACUCCGGAAGACGACGAGGGGGAUUCUGCUAUCUCUGGUGGCCCUCCCUCUGUAAUGGAAGGCGAAGAGGAGGAAGAGGAAGAAGAGGAAGAGGAAGAAGUAGAUUUGGAUGCCAGUAUGGAGGAUCUGGAUGAAGAGUCGAGCGACGAGGAAGAGGAAGAGGAACAAGACUUGGACAUGGAUAUCCCCGAGGAUAUCGAUGCCUCACACUCAUUUUAGUGGGCAUCGCGAUACUUGGCAGCAGCGGGUUUCACUUCAAGCGCAUUGGAAAGGCGUUGAAGAAUCUUCUGACAGUGAUUGAGAGAUACUCGACUUCACGACAUCCCAGCAGCCUCUAUCGCUCUUCUGGAGCCCGCAAGUUCCUACUCUUCAACGUCGUACACGUUUGUUCCUUGAAAAAACUCCUUAUUUAAUCCCUCGGUCCCUUUGGCACGCCUUGAAAUAUUGGGAUACGGAUGGACGACGGAUCUAUAGUAUAUCAAUCUAUUGUACAAAAUCUUAUCACUACAUGGAUGCCUUAGACACGAAAAGACGACAAGGUAGAAUCAGCUAUUGCCGAAAACAUUUUAACAAUGGCUGGAUAACUCCAGUUCAAAAUGC